AUAUGACAACUGGCACGUAUCGUGCAACUGAUAAGAUCAUAAUUACGCCACAACCUUUGUACUAAAGGAACCAAGACAUGCAAGAUGGCCUCUAGAUUUGUCGGGUGCGCUGUGGCUCAGGUUUUCUGGCCAGGGCUGGUCCGUAGAUGUUCCCAACACGCGACUGGUCUGGCCAAGUCAACGAGCAGGCUACGCCACUACGCACAGCCAUUGUGGCGCUGGGUCAGUACACACCAGCAGCUUUAGGGAAGCCAUUGUUAAGAUCAUACUGUAGCACACAGUUACCCAAUGCAGUGUACACUGCCCCACCGCAACCACUGGCUAGGGAAGCACCAUCCCUUGGCCAUGGCUUCAACACUCUAGCCAAUGUAAAGGUCGACUUGGAGAGAAAAGUACUCAAUGUUUCCUGGGAAGGUAGCGGUGCCAAGAGUCAAGCUUAUCCUUUCGUCUGGCUGCGAGAUAACUGUCACUGUCCGCAGUGCUUGCACCCUACGGCACUUGGACGUCAACCAAGCGCGCAGAAGCAUCUAAAAGUCGACAUUUUGGCGGACGUCGUCGAAAUCUCCAACGAAGGGAUGAGUGUUAUCGUCCAAUGGGACGACGGCCACAAGAGUGAAUUCCUAUCUCAUUGGCUGAACUACUUCCGCUUUGACCAAUCACCGAAUGACAAGUUGCUGAAUCCGAAGCCGACUCUUUGGGGCUCUGACGUCAACAUCGAAUGCUUUGAGUUUGAUGACUUGCUAGCGGAAGACCACGCCCUCUACGGCUGGCUGGCUGAGCUGGUUACUCAAGGUUUCGCUGUCGUAAAAAACGCCCCACUAGAAGCUGGUCAGCUGUACAAGCUGGGAGAACGGGUGUCCUACCUUCGACCAACAUUAUACGGGGUAACUUGGCACGUGAAGAGCAAGCACGAUCCGGGCAGUAUUGCCAACACGUCUGGUGCCUUAGUAAGGCACACUGACUAUACGUACAUAUCGCGAAUGCCAGGGGUGCUCCUCCUCCAUUGCAUAGAGCAGGCAGCUGGGGAAGGCGGUGAGAGUCUCUUAGUUGAUGGCUUCAAAGUCGCCCUGGAUUUGAAGGAAAUUGACCCGGAAGCAUUUCGGCUCUUGACGACCUACCAGUUUGAGUAUACGCACAGGGACACCGACUGCUUUGGUCGCUUUUAUAUGCAUAGUAGGCACCCUGUUAUCAAAUUGAAUGAACUUGGUGACGUUGAGCAAAUUGCCAUCAGCAACCAUAGCCGGGACCCUAUGCUGAGAGCCCCCGUUGACCAGAUCCAGCCGAUUUACCGCGCCUUUGACAAAUACUUCAAUAUGCUUCAGCUGCCAGAAAAUCUGCUACAGUACAAACUACAGAGAGGAGACAUACUUACAAACGACAACCGUAGAGUCUUGCAUGGCCGUAAUUCCUUCCAGGUGACGGAGACGAACGCCCGGCAUCUUGAGGGAGGCUACGUGGAGUGGGAUGAAGUCAACUCGCGACUGCGUGCAUUGGCAGAGCAGUUACAGAAGAAUUAUACUGACGAGUGAAACACACAUCCUAGAAAUAUGCCAUUUUGUUUUAGCUGUGUAAUUACACCAUUUAGCUGUGAAUCUAUAUAAUAAAUAACAAUAAAAUUAUAAUGAUUAACACAAUUUUUAAUAUAACCGAUAAUCAUACCCUUUGAGAGAUAUUCCCAUAGGCUUGUGCACAAAUAAUAAUCCAACUUUUGGAAAUGUUGGUAUUUUUAGUAAUUGGACCACGAGCAAUUGAUCUAGUCUAUUUGCGACUGUAACAUUUUUCCUCUAAAUAAGAACUGAGGUAAUAGGAGACAUUGAAAUGUCCCCUUAAAGUUCCACACGUCUCCCAAACGUAUAACCUCUGAGCAAAAGUGUCUCCCUAAUGGUUCUUUUUAAGGUAGUAAAGCUACAUAAACAAAUCGCUCAUGACGCAGUACAAUAUCAAGUUAGAAACUAUCCAAGAUUCAAACACUUAAAGCUACACAGAAAUUGAAAAGAGUCAGGGAGUUCAAUUGCGCAAGUCCCUUGGUAACUGCAGAAAGCUCUUUCUCCAGCUGAUUUCAGUUUGACUGCUGGGAUAUUGUGAAGAGUUGUGUCAGGUGAUGACCUUUGGUGUAUGGUAUCAGCAGAUCAAUUAGGUAUGAGGGGGGGGCAAUGUUCUGGCAUUGGGCCUUUUAGGUGAUCAUAAUUAGGUUGUACUGAAUCCUGCGAGUAACAGGCAGCCAGUGUAAAGAUUUGAGAACCGGACUGAUCGUAUAACCUGGCAAGAGAGAAAAAAAUAGGGUGGUCCAAAAUGUAGGCCGAGUGAUAAGUUUCGUGCAAAAUGACAUAAUUGUACUUGAAAUAUCAACUUUAAAAAAAAGUAUGCCGUCAGUACACUGAACAAUUAUCAGACAAAAUUACAA